AUGCGUAAUAGGGCCAUCCAAAGCAACUUGCCAUUUUCAACUCCAACUGAUGAUGAAACAAAUUAUGAGCCUGUCUCUUCCGAAAUAUCCCAGACUACAGCUACAGGAGAAGCUCACAAUACAACAAUCAUCUCAGAUGAUUCUCCUCCGAAGUCUCCACAUGUUGAAGCUUUCCAGCCUCCAUCAUAUAAAGAACAUUUAACAGAAUUCAUGUUUGAUGACGAUAAUGCUUACAUUAGUGCUCUUCCCAUCUUUUCAGCUUUCAAGUCUUUUCAGAAACCAUCCUCUUCCAAUCCGGUUAAUAACUUCGACAUUUCCACAUCCUCAUCAGAACAAGAAGAAUAA